AUCCUGAUGCUAAUUUUGUACCGCUAAGCUGGAAUUGGACAAGAUUGGAAAUUGCCCGUAGCUUCUUGAUAUCAGACGAGGCUGAAUUUUGCUUCUUCAAAUCUUCAAGGCUCAUAUCUUGGGCUUCGUAUCCCAAGAUAGAAUUGGCCACCGCCGCUCACUCACGCUGUAGCAUUGCUCGCCUUCUCCAUGAUUUAACAUCCUCGAUCCCACGUCGCCAUUUUCAUCAUCCAGCUAGCAGCUGCCACAGACCAAUUAAGCUAGAAUAGCGCUGGCCUUGAGUUCCUGGAGCAAGGAUGCCAUAACAGAAGUAUCGCUCAUAAGAGAAUCCCAGCCAACUACAGUCAAGAAGAAGCCAUCCCAAAGGACCUCGAGCCGAAUCAUUACUCUCCACAUCAUGUCCAAAAUAACGUCCAAGAAUCUGCAUUACGAUGACAGUCUACCGCCUUUCCUCGCACGUCUGAGAGCAAACAAUAAUGCCGGUGAUGGCAGGCACGAGUACAGUGUUGCGAGACCCAAGAAAGCGCGGACUGCCGAGGACGAAGCGGAGGAUGAGCCGGUUUACUUUGAUGAAGUCAGUGGAGAGACAUUAAGCAAAAGCGAAUGGGAGGAAAGAGAGGCUGGGCUAGAGAAGGACGAGGAGGCCAAAGACGGCGAAAGGGCUGAAGGUGCGGAAGAGAGUGCGGCGAAGGGAGAUGCUGGAAAGGAGAGCAAGGAGAAAGUCGCUGCUAUCGGUGCAAGCAAGAAAAGAAAGGCAGGCAAAGUUGUGGGCGGAGAGGACGAAGAUGAAAUACCGAUUACCAAAACACUGGCAGACAAGAAAGCACCAAGCCAACCGGAGAAGAAAGUAGAGAAGGGCAAGUCUGCGAAAAAAGGAAAGAAGAUCAAGCUGAGCUUCGGAGAUGACGAAUGACAAUCCUCUGUUUUCAGGCGUUUGGAAGGUAUCACAAUGGAUCGGAUGUCAAGGCGCAAAGGAGUAGCACAGGCACAG